AUGGCCGAUGCUAUCGUUUCCAUGUUACUGGAUCGGCUUGCAGCUCUCGUAGAAGAUCAGGCCCGAAACGAAGUGAAUUUGGUGAGAGGAGUUGAGAAUGAGAUUCUCGAUCUUUCAUAUGAGUUGAAGACAGUUAGAAAUGUGUUGGACGAUGCGGAGAAGAAAGGAUACAAGGAUAAAAACGUCAAAGAUUGGUUGGAUAGGCUUGAACGAACGGCCUACGAAAUGGACGAUGUUUUGGAUGAAUGGAAUAUGGCCAUUCUCAAAUUUCGGAUCCAACAAUCUAACAAUGCUGCUUCUAAGAAAAAGGUAUGGUCCUUUAUCUCCACUUCGUGUAUAUGUUUCAAGAAAAUAUUUGCUAUUCGUCGUCAUAUUGUCUUGAAAAUCAAAGAAGUGAAAGCGCGACUCGACCUAAUUUUGGUGGAGAAAGAUCUAUACGGUUUUGUGAUCUCUCGUUCUGUUAAUCCUUCUUGCGAAUCGUGGAGAGUUCAAUCUACUUCUUUGGUCGACUUAGAGGAAAUAUGUGGUCGUGAUGUUGAGAGAGAAAACCUAGUGAGCAAACUAGUGGUUGAAGGUGGUAGUACUGGAGAAGAAUUAGGAAUCCAAAUUCUCUAUGUAGUAGGUGUGGCGGGACUUGGGAAGACAGCUCUUGCUAAACUAGCUUAUAACGAUAGUCGAGUAAAGAACUGUUUUCAAUUAAGAAUUUGGAUAUGUGUUUCCGAUACUUUUGAUGAGAUUGGAUUGGCCACACGAAUUAUAGAGGGAGCAGGAGGGCGUAAACCAAAAACCAACCAAUCGGAAAUUGUACUCCAAUGUCUAAAAGACACUAUUUCAGAGAAAUCGUUUCUUCUUGUCCUGGAUGAUGUUUGGAUAGAAGACCGUACCAAGUGGGAAACCUUGAAAAAUUGUCUUCAAGAUGGUGGGCCGGGUAGUAAGAUUUUGGUAACAACUAGAAACAAAAGAGUUGCAAUAAUGAUGGGUGCCGUUAAGAAUGAGAUCCACCAUUUAGGACAUCUCUCCCAUGACAACUGUUGGUUAUUAUUAGGUCGGAUAGCCCUUUCCGGAAAGUAUACAGAAAACUGUGGAAUGUUUGAGAACAUAGGUAAGAAUAUUGCUAAGAAGUGCAAGGGAUUGCCACUUGCAGCGAAGACUUUGGGAAGUCUUUUGCAUUUUAAAAAUACCUUCGAAGAGUGGGAAAACUUAUUGACUAAUGAAAUAUGGGAGUUGGAGGAAGAGGAAGUUGAACUCUUCCCUCAUUUGAUUCUGAGUUACAACGAAUUGUCUCCAUCACUUAAGUGUUGCUUCUCAUACUGUUCGGUCUUUCCUAAAGGUACCGAAAUUGAUGUGGAAAAACUAAUAACAAAAUGGAUGGCAAUGGGUUACCUAGGAUACAAUGGUGACUGGAAACUUAGAGGGAGAGAAUACUUUGAUAAGUUAGUAAUGCGUUCUCUAUUUCAAGACUUUGAGAAAGGUAUUGGUUAUGAUUAUGAACUUAUAAAAUCAUUUAAGAUGCAUGACAUAAUACACGAUUUUGCUCAAUUCCUUCGGAAGAAAAAUGGCGGACUAAUGAAGCAAACAACUUGCCAAACGUGUAGCCCUUUGAUUGUUUCCCAUGUCAAACAAUACCGUAGUUUGUUUCACCAAAAGGAACUUCCCGAUCCACAUCUUUGUGAUCGACUCACAAGUCUGAGGUUACUAAGCCUAAGGAAAUGCGGCUUGCAAAGUAUUCCGAAAGAAAUUGAAGUGUUGAUUCACUUGAGGUGGUUGGACUUGGGUUGUAACAAAUUUCCCGACGAAGAUUUGAAGACCAUAUGUAAGCUUUACAACUUGCAAUUUCUUUGGGUGGAUGAAUGCGAGCUGCAAGAGAUUCCGCGUGAAAUUGGGAAUUUGAUCAAGUUGAUACACUUGGACAUGAGCUCUAAUAAACGCGUAAAGGAGUUGCCAGAGAUGCUAUGCAAUUUGCGCGAAUUAGAAAGCUUGAAUAUUGAUUCGUGCGAGAGUCUUGCUCAUCUUCCGCGUGGGGUCCACAGACUCGUAAACCUCAAAUACAUCUACAAUUCCGGUACCGAUUCUCUUCAAUAUCCUCAAGGACUAGCCCGAUUAACUGGCCUUGUCACAUUGAGUCGAUUCGGAGGCAAGUUAGGAUGGUUGAAGAAUUUAAACCGACUUAGCGGGUCUUUGAAAUUGACGAUCGAAUUAAGUGGCGAUUCAGAAGAAGAGGUAGUGGUGGAGGAUGCUCGUGAAGCGGAGUUAGCGAAAAAGACGCGAAUUCAAGAACUUACAAUAUAUUUCUCCGAUUCUUGCAAAGCGAAAGAAUCUGUGUGGAUGGAUUUAAUAGAUGCUCUUGAGCCACAUCAAAACAUGCAAACUUUGAGUAUUCAGGACUAUAAGGGCUCGCAACUUCCACGAUGGAUAUCUUCGCCAUUCAACCAACUCAAAUCUAUUACCAUCGUCCAUUGUAAAUUGAUUUUCUCGAUGCCGCCUUUGGGUAAACUACCGCUUCUUGAAAAUGUUACGAUUUGGAAUAAUUCUCAAUUGGAAUUUGUUGGACGAGAAUUUUUGGGAAUGACAACUAAUUCGGGGGAUCGUGUUGUUGGGUUUCCGAAGUUGAAGAAACUCGCAUUUUGGAACUGUACGAAAUGGAACAAGUGGGAGGAUAUUACGGCCGAAGAAGAAGAAGAUUGUGUUGCCGUUAUCUUAAUGCCUCGUCUGACGGAGUUGCUUAUUAUAAACUGCGAGUGUUUGACGGAGCUGCCACAUCGCCUCCUGCGAAAGGCGUCGGCUUCGUUGAAAUUGUUGAAUAUUCAUUGUUCAACACAACUGAAACGGUUUUAUGCGAACAAGGAGGGAUUGCCCUGGAAAUCCAUUUCCCGCCACAAUCCACAUCUUGAACUCAGGCAUCAUUAG